AUGGCGUGUAAAAUGCGAUUUGACCAAAAUGACAACGACGAGGUUCCUACAUCCUAUGUUACUAGAAAUCUCACCGUGUGCUCAGAUGCAAUUCAUUUCAUGGCCAGCAAAUUGAUUGGCACCAACAAAAUCUGGUUGAAAUGGUACGCUACUUUUCAAACUACGGACACUCAUCAAUUAUGGGAAAAGAAAACUGUAGAUACCUCUCUACCUAUCUACCUAGUGGUUCAACGUACCUUUUCAGGUGGUGAAGUUCUCUUAUUAAUACCCAUGAUGCAUACUACGAUAUUUGAGAUGGCUCGAACAUCUGUGCGGUCGGUGUCGCAAGAUAUCCCAUCUUCACCACCCAAACGCGAAAGUCCUAUUCGGAGAGUGACUCGACUAGUGCGUCACCAAAGUGUAGACUUGGAUGAGCCUCUUAACAAUGGAGGAAGCGUUGAGCGUGCGGGUAGGAAGAAUGAGCGGAGAGUUCCCCAAGGUUCUCGCGGGGUUGCGCGCAAGUCAGAAUUGUCAAUACUUGCAGAAGAUAGCGAAGUCUCGCCCGAACAGGAUGAGGAAGUAGAAGACGAAGAAGAAGACGACGAAGAUGAGGAGGAUCCCGAAGCAACCAAGGUCGCAGAUUUUCAAGGAUAUGAUUUAGAACAUGGUGAUCGCAGUAAUUUGUCAGGUGAAACGCUCAACACAUCACAUACCGUACGGGUUAUGCAAGCAAUCGACUCCAUAUCGGCUAUCGAGACUCUUCCGGACCUUUAUGAUACAGCUUGUAAGAUUAUCAACAAAUCCACGAAAAAAGAUGUUCGUCCAAAGGAAAUGGACCGCCAUCUCAGAUCUUUAAAAAACCUUUUUGAUACUUUGGAAGUUAAUAAAGAGCCAUAUGGAGGAGAACAAUUCAUCGAGGUUGACAUCGUGAAGAAAAAGCUGUCUGAAUCAAUAGACUCUGUGGAUCAUAAUUCAGAAGGCCUCGGAGACAAAGCUAUUCCUGUUACUGCCAUUCUUCAAUCGUCAAAUCUUGCAACUUUAAUAGGCCAAGUUAAUCAAUUGCGCAAAGACGUUGAAGCUCCUGAAGAGGAACUGAAGGUAUUCCUUCAGUCUUUAGAUAAAACCUUCCCUCGCCCAUUUGUAUCUGAGUUUGCUGAGCCUUUGGACGAGGAUUCCGAAAACAGCAAAUUAAUUAACAAAACUUUCGACAUGGUGUUAGACAUACGAACUCAGCUGUUUAUAACUGCCUCGCAUCAGCUAGAAACGGACCCGGGAUUUGAUCCAGAUCAUAUUCUAAGAUCGUAUUUUCUCGAUAGCGCAGAUAGGGAGGAAAUUUGUGGUGUUGAUUUCAAGGUUAUUGGCCUGGAAGAGCAAAAUCAGAGAACCGACGACAGGAUAGAUAUCAUCCGUGACACUUUCAUGCCUGCAGAUGAGGCUACAGGCCCUGGCGAGUACAUCGACUUUGACAGACUAGAAGUACUGUUCCCCAGGUCUGAAUUCUUCAAUAAACUUGUCGGAUAUAGUCAAGACCGUUUGGCAGAGGUCGAGAAGAUUGUAGACAGCCGAGGCGGUAUCGAGAACGUGAUGGAGCCACUAAAAGAUCUUGUAAAAGAUUUUGCAUCCGAUGGCGAACCUUCUAUUAAUGUAGACUACAAACAGGAUGUUGUGGAUCGUGACGAUAGUUCAAUAUCGAAAAACAAGGCGUCUCCGCCACCCCCACAAAAACCAAGGAAAGAGCCUCAUGCUGACCUCAAGGCUAUAUCGAAGCUUAUGAAAUUCAGAAGUCAAGGUGAUGGGGGAGGCUCCUCGAAACUUGACUCUAGUACAAAUGUUAAGUCUAUCAUCCGCGAUUCAUCACGGAGACAAUCAGAGGCGCAACAGGAGGAAUCUGAAAUCACCAGAAAUUUUAAGAAAUUUACAAGUUCACAGAAUAAAGAGAAUAAACGACCUGACCAACACCAAGAAUCUCGAGGUGCCACGGUGCCAACAGAUACCUCGAGGCGCGCAAUGUAUAGAAAGCAUCCCAAUGGUGAAAGAGUGGAUUGGAAUGAGGAUAGCCAAGGGUUUCUAAUAGACUCUCAGCCAAGGAACAACAAGCGCAAAAGUCCUCUUCCUCUGGAUGAUGAAGCCGAUAGUUCGGAUCACGGCUUUCAAACCGAUCAAAGGGCAGCCGAACCUACAGCUCGUCCGCGCAGGGCUAGGGCAGAAAAUGAGGCACUCCUUCAACCAAUAAAUAACAAGCGCAAAGCUUCCGCUCCGCCAGCAGUUCAGCCAAAUGACAAGGGAGUUCCCUCGCAAAGAAACAACAAACGCAAAGCUUCCUCAUCUCCAGCUGUCGAGCUGGAAGACGAUGAUUAUAGCUCAGAUCAAGGCUAUCAAAGCCAUCAGAAAUUAUCUAGACCCAUAGCCCGCCCCACCAAACGAGCACGUACCGAAACAGGUGAAAGUUCCCGAGCACAAAAUCCACGUGGGAAUAGGCCUCGAGAAAUCCACUCACCGCUUGUCGUCGAUGACAAUGGCGAUGUUGAUGAAGUGCAAAAUCAAUCUGCCUUGGUACGACAAGACCAACGCAGAAGAGAGCAAUCUCGAUCAUACCAAGUCCGAGGCAUGUCACCAGGUCGAUCAAGAGGCCGUUCAGUGGCAAACCAAGACGAUGAUGAAGGCAGCAUACAACUACCUGCUGAUGAGCAUUCAAACGAAACGCCAUUUGCAUUCACCCAGGCCACUGCUCGUGCUAAUGCAAGAGUACAAGCAGUCAAAAGUGGCUUCAGUAAGGCACAAACUCGCACAGAGUGGUCUGAUGGCGAUACGCAGCUUCUCAUCGAUUACAUCAGUGGAAUCGGACCGAUGUGGACAGAGAUUGAAAAACGUGGUGGGUUUGAACGUGCAAACAUUAGUCAGGUUGGUUUGAAGGACAAGGCGAGGAAUAUUAAGGUUUCUAUGUUAUUGGCUGGUCAAAAGCUUCCGCCAAACUUCGAAGGGGUUAAACUAAAUGUCAAUCUUAUCAAAAGGGUGAAGACCACAUGGCCAAAUUACGAUCCAUAUACGGAAACUGGGUAUGCUGCAUUUUAA